AUGAAAGUGCUUAGGCGAGAACUGCGCCGUGUCGGCUCUUUUGUGCAAGAACUCGAUGGUCCGGCUUUCAAGCUUGCUUUUGACAAGCUGGGCCCUCUUGGUCUUUUCAGGCCCAGUGUUCGUCGCUGCUUGAGCGAAUGCUUGUUGAGCAAGCAGGUGGUGGAAUACAAGAAACUGUCAAGGCUGUCUCAAUUCCUCACCUGGGGCCAUGAAGCCCUCUGCAAGAAGCUCGCUCCUGAAGCAGCAGCUCUAUCGGCUCUGUCGACACAGCAACGCUUCAAAACCUCCCACGAAUUCAACCUAGAUGACUCUGCAUGGCUCAUGUCUCGGCAACUCAUUGACAUCGCACUGACAUCGUUUCAGGCCAGUUCCUUGCAAGCGCGGCCCCAAUGUGAAAUCAGAGACUCAGAUGCUCAGACGCUCAGACACUCAGACUCUCAGACGAUCAGACACUCAGACGCUCAGACGCUCAGACCAGACGCUCAGACGUUCAGACGCAAGUCGAGGUUGGUUUGCCAGGCGUGA